GAUUAAAAAGGAACGAUCACGUAAAAUUGAUACCUUGACAGCGGCCAUACAUGUAGCCGAAACAGAACACAAACAAGAUCCCACUAGCGACAAUUUCCAGACCCUGACUGCCCUACGCAUAGAACUAAGAUCGUUACUAGCUGUAAAGGCAUAUAGAUCAGUACAAUUGACAAGGAGCACUUUCUACGCUCAGGGUAACAAGAGUGGGAAGCUACUGGCCAAAGCUUUGAAAACUAAACAACAGAGAUCCUUCAUUGACAAGGUCACAGACGGCACAGGGAAGGCAUGCAACACCACCGAUGACAUAGCAAAGGCAUUCAACGCUUUUUACUCAAAUUUGUAUAACCUAGCCCCCCCAAAUGGCCAACUCCACAACCUGAGAGAAUAUGUCGCUGCGCAACUCCCACGCACUAUCCCGGCCGCUGACUCACACACACUAGAUGAACCGUUCACGCAG